AUGGCCCUGGCCAGCUUCAGCGUUGGCGUCCACGCGAGGUGUGGUCCACGCAACGGUCUCUGCAGUGGCGACUUGAGCUUCCGAUGCUUCGACGUCAAGGCAAAUACACCAGUGUGCUGCGAUACCAUCGACUGCAUUGAGUGA